UUUUCCUUAGCAACAUCACACAGAGCAUUGCAGUGUGUAGUUUAGCAACAACAAGCAGCCACCAAGACCAAGUUAUAGCUGUUUAGAAGACUGGGAGGGAAUCGUUUCCUCAUUGUGAUAUGAGUAGCGAUAAUCCACAGACACCAGUCAACAUGGAUGUAAACAUUAACCCGAAAGACCAGCAAUAUAUCAAUGCAAAAUCAUAUCUUCUCACGGCGAGCACAGACUCAGGAUACAAUUUGUUUGACCAUCUAAGUUCUGUCCUAACCAAAAUUCUAGAUGAACGCCCUGAAAAUGUAGUAGAUGUUUUUGAAGAUGUCAGCAAAGACACAAAGAAAGCCAAAUUCACCUCAAAGGUUGACACUGUCCAAGAUAAAAUAGACCAGUCCACAGAAGUAGCUUUAGCACAUGUACAGAGAAAACUGUUUGCUAAAGGAGAUGGAGACGAUGCAGAACAAGAACAGGAUGAAGAAGUGGAAACUCCACUGCCAAAUCUCAUGGAAUUGUGCUUUUUCUUUGAACAAGCUGGAAUUGGUUUGAAUCGAGAAGAAGUAAUCCGGAUAUGGCUUGCACUUAAAAAUCUUGUAGACAGUCACACGUUAGCCCACGUAAGAUUCUGGGGCAAAAUCUUUGGUAGAGAGCAGAACUAUUAUGUUGCUGAAGUGGAAUACAGAGAAGGUGAUGAAGAGGAGGAAGAAGAGGAAGAGCCUGAAGAACAGAAUGAAGAAGAGGCAGCAGAGAAAGAUGAUGAAGAAGGAGAGGAAGAAGAACAAGAGGAAGAUGACACACCAAAGCCAGAUUUUAAACCCCCACCAGAAAUCCCCAAAGAGGAAAACAGAACAGGCACUAACAAAAAGACCUACUUUGUGUGCAAUGAUCCUGGAAAACCAUGGGUCAAACUUCCUCCAGUCACUCCAGCACAGCUCUCCCAGGCCAGGAAUAUCAAGAAGUUUUUCACUGGUCGUCUUGAUGCUCCAGUUGUCAGUUAUCCCCCCUUCCCUGGUAAUGAGUGUAACUACCUGAGGGCUCAGAUUGCACGUAUCAGCUCUGGAACCCAUGUGUCACCACUCGGCUUUUACCAGUUUGAUGAAGAGGAGGAAGAAGAAGAGGAGGGAGAGGCUCGUGAUCACUUUGUGACCAACCUUGACUUUGAGGGACUUCCCCUGCGUGACCUGACUGACUCGUCACUACAACAUUGGGUACAUCAUGUACAGUACAUCCUGCCACAGGGCCGAUGUCAAUGGCACAACCCCGUCCAGAAGAAUGAGGAAGAUUUUGAGGAUGAGGAGGAGGAAGAGGAAAGGGAGGAGCCCGAUGAGCCAGAGCCUGAGGUUGGACAGCCCUUACUAACACCUCUGUCUGAAGAUGCAGAGAUUGGCAACCUGCCACCAUGGACCUCUAAACUAUCAUCAAACCUCAUUCCCCAGUAUGCUCUGGCAGUGCUGCACUCAAAUCUCUGGCCAGGAGCUCAUGCAUUUGCCACCGGAAAGAAGUUCGAAAAUGUGUACCUUGGAUUCGGCCACAAAUACAACCAGGACAACUACAGUCCACAGCCUACCCCAGGAAUCCAGGACGAGUUUCCCAGUGGUCCCGAGAUCACAGAGGCUGAAGAUCCAACUGUCGAGGAGGAGAAUGCUCUCAGACAUGCACAACAGGAAGCUGCUGAAGCUGCUGAGGAGAUGGAAGAUGCCGAGGAGGAGGAAGAUGAGGAUGAUUAGAUACCUUUGAGUUGUUAGACUUUUCAUCAAAUUAUCAUUGGACACAUCAAUCUAACUAAACAAUUGAAUACUAGUUCCAUUCCCUAUAUAAACUGUGAUAAUCAAUGUAUUUUUAAACAUUGAAGAUUUAGUUACUGGUACCUCUGUGGAUAUAAAAAUUUGGAAAAAAUGUGAAAUGUGAAAAGCUGCUGGUCCAUAAUGGAGGCCUUAUGAAGAAAGAUUUACUUGUGCUGUAAAUACAACUGUCCACGGAGAAUUGUGUAUAUUUAUAUCAGUUGCAAUUUUUUCAUGUUCACUCAAGGAUGUCGACAUCUGAGGCAAUGCUUCCUCUGAGUACAUGAUUGUUUACAUAAUAUUGUACAUAAAAAUAAAUAUGUGAUAGAAUAAAUUAUUCCGACUUAAA